AAGUCCUUCCCCCACAUUGACACCGGUGGCGGACACCGUCAACAUGGCCAGUGUGGUAUGUGCCAGAUUCCUCCUUCAGAGCUCAGCCCGGGGCUUCCUGCUCUCCUCCAGGGCUGUGCCCGCUCUCUCCAGCCCAUUUCUGUGUCGUGGUCAUCGACUGGAACCCUCCGACGAUGAGAUGUACCAGCGCACCACGGUGACUGUCAUGCAGAAGGAUCGAGACAAUGGGAUCCUCAUUCACAGCUACAGUUCUUCAGGGUUCAACAUAGACGGCAACAAGGUCUUCGGCCCCUGCGCUGUGCUGCCUCCUGCCAUCCUCCAGUGGAAUGUUGGCAGCUAUAAAGACAUCACAGAAGAAAGUGUUUCUCUGUUCCACAUGAUUGAACCAAGACUAGAGAUUCUCGUCCUGGGCACGGGCACGCGGCUUGAACGAAUUGACCCCACAGUCCUCGCUCUUCUCAACCGCAAAGGCAUUGCUGUGGAGGUGCAGGACACGCCGAAUGCCUGCGCGACCUUCAACUUCCUGCUCAGUGAGCGAAGAAUAGCAGCCGCUGCUCUGAUCCCUCCUUCAGUCAGCACAGCCCUAGAGGCCACGCGGAAAUGAGCAACAUGAGCCAGGACUGACUGCUGACAGAUGGAGGUUCAGGGAAAAAUGAGAUGAUUAUUCUGCUUCUGCACAACGCUCCCAAAGGAACAAACUCAGUCACGUCCAUCCUGAUAUUUCAUUACAACAGUUAUUUAUUUAUAUAUCAAUGUGUCCUUGUCACAGGGAUCUGAUAUUCUCUCUGAUGAACAGUGUGAGAGCAGCAAUUUGAGACUUUUCUCAGACGUAAAGAUAAAUGUUUUGCACUGAUGAUGACGAGUUUCCUGUCAGCUUUUUCGAGCAGUCGUCAUUGGGUUCUUCGUGAGCUUGUUGCGUGUCGCUGUUCUAAAGCUGGCAAUGAAAUCUAGAUUUGGACGUGAAUGCAACUUUGGGCGUGUGCUUAAAAUGAACAAGAGCGCAGGUGAAUGUAGUCGAGUGAAGCCGCUAGUGAAUUCAGCUGUAGUAAAGUAUAACCAUACUGUUGUGUACAAAUACAAGUCUUCUUUGUAUAAUAAAUGUAUGACAGAUGCUUGACAUGCAGAAAAUGAUAUUUCAACUGUAAUGCAUUUAAUUUGUUUUUGUGCACACCAUAAAUCUACAGUAAGACCACCUCAA